AUGAACCCACAACGUAGCAACCAGACCAGCGAUGAGUCUGGGGUCUCCCGCGUUGCGCCAACUUCCCUCGCCGAUAUAGAACUGACAAACCACUUGUCCGAGAUAAUUGACACGAGGCGAAAUGAGGAGCUGGAGUCCCGACUUCAAAUCAACCGUGAUGCAGCACCACUGGAUGUCCUGGCCAGAGUCCUCAGCCUCAAUUCAACGGCCAGUGGUUUAUCGUCAUUUACGAUGUCGAAUCAGCUUGGUCACCCAGAAGCUGUGGGCUUUAGAGCAAUCGGCUUUGGUCAGUGCGGUAUCAUAUUUGAAAGGCCUGGUCGAGGUUACGUGAUCAAAGUCGCAAGACCCUACUUCGAAGAGGCCCUAUGGAACGACCUCCAGGUGCAUGCGGCUUGCUACCAGGCAUUUGAGCGGCAGCAACCGCGUUUGGAAGUGAGAGUCCCUCGAGUGUUGUCUUAUGUUCCGCGAGCCAACAGAACUUGGUGGGAUACUCAUUUGCCUCUUUUCCCUCCCGAAAGGACGGCCUUUCCCCUCCCCUCUAUGGCGUUGAUGACAGAACGUAUUCUUCCAUUACCAAAGAUUGCGAGGCAGGCUCUCAUUAAUACCUACUGCCCGGCUCCCUCCCAGCUCGCUGCCAGCUCUGAGCCCACAAACCGCGAUUGCCUGGCCCGUAUCUACCUCGGCCGUCGACGCCCGCUGAUCCGUCCACCACUGGCCAACUUCACCCUGAGGAAUUUUAGUCUCUUCUUGGACCAAAUGGUUGAACUUCAGUUUCCGAUUCAUGAAUACGCUUAUGCCAUCGGUGAAGCAUUGGCUGUGAUCCACUGGUCCGCACACCUUGACGCAUUUGACGUUGAGUUUGUCCUUGGCAGCGAAAGAGAAUCUACAUGGGACAGUUCUAUACAUCUCGCCCUGGGAGACAUCGGAGAAGCGCUCUCGGCAAUGCCGCCUCAUACAGAUAUUGAGACCUUGCUAGCUGUGAAUUUCAAGCGACGUACGACGCGUCUCUGGGUUCUGGACUUCAAUCUCUGCAGUACCUGGCAGGAGAAACAAGCCUUGGAUGAACCAGAUAAUUUGAUUGAGCAACUGGUUCACGCAUUCAUCGAGAACGACCCCUACUAUCCACGGCCGCUCGCAGAUCUGGAAACCGACCAAGAACUUUGGCGAGUAUUUUCUUCUGCAUACCACAAGAAGGCAACCAACAUCUUGUCAGUGCCAGGAAGGGAAGCCAGAAUAUCCGAAUUGCCCCAGAAAUUUCUGGAUGCCUGUGUGCUGAAGCAGAGAGGGUGA